AAACAGACAGUUAAAGCCAGAAAAUAAAAAGAAACGGAUAUUUACAACUGCCCUGUAAAAACAGUUGAUAAUGGAUCCUAUGCAUCUACUUUUGAGGGAAUAUUAGAUUUUCUGAAGAAAAUGGAAUAAAAAUUUCCGAAAAUUUAAUUAAUUGGUGUGGUUAACUGCAACACAGUACUUUAAGUUUUUCCGCUUCAAUAGAGUUGGAUGAUGAGAGAAAUACAGAAACACUUUUGACAUCACUGAGGUUAGUUGGUUAAACAACUCAACUCAGAGAACACAAUACAACCAAGACCAUCCACCUGAGCUAAAAAUACUCUUCACCACUUUCAACAUCAGUUAAGGAUGAGGAAAUAUGUACACUCAUACCCUAUCCAGAUUAUAUCCAAGUUCUUCUAACGUCUUAGCAAAGACAUCAACGAUCGACCACUUAGUUGAGAUCGAUUUGCUAGCAUUUCGAAACAACAUCAUUCAAGUACUAUCACUGGACAGUAGAAGAGAACAUUUAUAUGCAAGGCGUGACCACAAUGAGUCGUUUCCGAGAAACGCAUAUAGAAAAAACGAAGAAUAUCAAAAUAGGGAAGAUUUUCGUCCAGAUCAGUACCAUUCUGAAGAUAAUCGUAAUUACCGUCACCAUCAUCAUCGAAAUGGACGCUAUAGAGGUGAUCAAAAGGAGGAAAGAAUACCAGUGAGAAGACAUUACAGCCGUUCACGAGAUCACCAUCACCCUCAUCAUCAGUACACUAAAAGUGUGCAGUAUAAUGAAGAGCCAAUAGUUAGUCAAGAAAAACUCCAGUACAAAGAAAUGAGGAAAGGAAACCAUGCCUCCAAAACGGGUCCUAAGCAACCACGAGAAAAACACCACCAACCCUUUAGUAGUGCAGAACAUAAACCAGUAGACAAAGAAACGCCUACUUCAAUCAGGUCACCUGGUUCAGCUAGUCGACAUUACAAAGAACUAUCCUCUGUGGCUUCAAAGCAACUAAAGGAUAAAGUUGGCUCUACUGAACAACAACAACAACAACCAAAAAGUGAAAAGCCUGGUGUAAAGGUUUUUAAAGAGAAAGUGGAGGGUGGUUCAGUUGUACGAGAUGAUAAAUCGCAUAGUGAAGGCCAUCACCGUCCACAUCAAUAUCAACAACACCAACAUCAUCAACACGAAGAUGCCGACAGGAAUAAUGAUGAUAACGAUGACAGUGUUCAUAAAAAGCCAACCGAUGAAAGUAUCAGUCAACCUGAAAAAAAACCACCUACAGACAAGGAAGUAAAACAUCCAAUACAUCCAACAACACCUGUUUCAGUGAUGGCUGCAAUUAAAACAGAACACUCACCGAUUACGGAAAAACAAGAGAGUGAGGAUGAAAACGCUGAAAAUGAACCCAUUGAAACAUCUAAACCAAGCUUAGAAGGUCAAGCUGAUCAAGCAAAACAACAGCCACAGCCGCCAGCAUCACCUUCAGCACCGCCGUCUACUAAGCGACGACCCACCAGUAAACCAGCAGACAGUUUUAAACAAAACAAGGAACAUAUACCUCAUCAUGACACACAUAAACAAAAACAACAACUAGAAAAACAUCAGGAGAAAUCUCAAAAGCCAUCGAAAGGUGAACAACAUAGUGAAGGCCGUAAAGGAAAGGAUUCAAUAGUUGGUGAAAGCCAACAAUACAAGAAACCAGCCAGUAAAUCUUAUCCUCAAAGUCAGUCAGAUAAUGAUCAUAAAAAUGAAAAUAAGGCCUACCAUCACCAUUAUGAAGGAAGUGAAGAACGUCAUCCUGAUGAUAAUAGUGAACAUGAAGAGAAUUCCAGAAAAGCUAAUAAAAAUGUCAUUUCACCAGUGAGAUUUGUUUCUGGUAGUGAAAAGUAUACUUCAUCUAAAUGUGAAAAAACAAAACGCCUAAAAGUCCCACCAUGA